UACCCUUGAGUGAUAUAUAUACAUAUAUGUAUACAGAGAGAGAGAGGAAGAGCUUCAAUCCCAAUUAAAAUCGUAGUGAUUUGUGAAUAGGGCUCGACAGUUUCGACCUUCAACUUAGGGCAGAAGACGAAGUAGUGCAAAAGAGAACAGGAUGACGGCGCCUGGCAAAAAGCCAGUAUUGGUUCGACAAGUCUUUGCUGAGGACUUGGAACGUGAGUUUGCGAUAAUCCGUAGUGCAAUUGAUAGGUACCCUUUUGUCUCCAUGGACACAGAGUUUCCCGGUACGAUUUUCAAACAAGAUAAAAACCUCAUCCAUCAAGCUGAUCCUGCUAUCAAUUAUUUGUUCAUGAAAUCCAAUGUUGAUGCCUUACGUAUUAUUCAACUUGGUUUAACUCUAUCUGAUUCUCAAGGUAAUUUACCAGAUUUUAAUACUCCAUAUUGUUAUGUUUGGGAGUUUAAUUUUAAAGAUUUUGAUUUUGAGAGAGAUUGUUAUGAUAAAGAAUCUAUCAAGUUACUUAAGAUGCAAGGUAUCGAUUUUGUAAAAAACAAAAAAAAGGGUAUUGAUUCGAAAAAUUUUGCGAAGAAGAUUUUGGCUUCAGGAUUGGUGUUUUCUUCUUUGACUUGGAUCACGUUUCACGGGGCUUAUGAUUUUGGGUUCUUGAUGAAGAUUUUGACACAACAUGAGCUGCCAUAUGACGUCAAUUCCUUCAUGGCACAACUGGUUUAUUUCUUUGGAUACAAGAUUUAUGACAUUAAGCACACCUUCAGGUUCUUCGGUCUGCAUGGUGGCCUGGAGAAAGUGGCUAAACUUUUAAAUGUUGCUCGGCUCACUGGGGUGAGCCAUCAGGCAGGGUCCGACAGUUUGCUAACCCUUCAAUGCUUGAUGGAACUGAAGCAGUCGAAGGUUUUUGAUCGCAUCAACUACAAUCGAAUGCUGCCUGCUUUGGCAUUGUAUGGACUGGUUACAGUGUUAGGAUGAUAUUCCUUCUUUAUUCUUUUUGUUAAUUUUUUUUAGUUUAUGAUAUUAUAUUAAGAGUUUUCGUUAGCAAUUCUAAAGUUUUUCUUAUCUCCGAGAUUGCUUGCCUGUUAAGCUGGUUUCUGAUAAAAAAAGAGAAAAAGGAACA